AUGCUUUCUGGUGCGUUUUCGUGUUUUUCCAUGUUCGAAAAAUGCAGCGACGGAGCCGGAAGUGAUUGAGCUCUCUGCUCUACCACAACCAGAAGCGACAACAAGUAAUGAAAACGAUGUUGAAGAGCAAAAUGAAGAAAAUCCGAGAAAUAAUAUAUAUAGUAGUAAAUUUCCUCCUGAAUUAAAAUUGAAAUUAAUCGAAGAAAUGGAUUUGGCAACGAGGAGUUCUUAUAUGAAAUUAUCCAAACAAACGUUCAAUCAAGUUUUGGACAGUAAAGAUUAUGUUGAAAAGUUGAUAAUCGACCGAGGAGAAAAUUCUGUUGUGAUUGAAAUUGGAAAUUCGCGUUCAACGUGUUCGAAAACAAUAUUUGCAACUGAUGUGCAGAAUAAAUUUCUGAUUAAAUAUGAUAUUGAUGAUGUCAAGUUUCACGAGCUACUCUGGUUGUACGAUUCAAUCGCUAAAGUAACAAAAGAUCAUUUUGAGUUGCUCACAAACUUCAAAAUGCACAAUAGUUUAACAAGACUGGAAAUUGAUAUGGUGAGUGUUUCGAAACACUAUUUUUUGGUGAAAAUAUUCCGUAUUUUUUGUUUUGCAGAACGAUUUUCCGUACAACGAAACGAAUAUCAAAAACUUGCGCCAAAUCAAUUAUCUCGAUCUUGCUGUAACAAAUAACGGUCAAAAUCCAAUUGAUUCCAAUUUCGUUAGCUUUGAACAAAUCUGUAAGAUCACCGAUUGUGUUGGAUUUCAUUGGCCAAAUUUAACAAUCGAUCAACUGUUCCAAUUGCAAGCAAAAACCAUUUGGUUGUAUAAAAUAACAUGGACAUCGCUGGAUUUUCAAACUAUUUUAUCGCGUUGUUUGAGACAAAAACUAUCGAAAAAUGUUGAUAUUAUUCAAUUUAAUCUCACUGAAGAUACAAUUAUUGAUCAUGCACAAAUUGUUGAUGGAUUGAACCCUCAUGCAAAGAAAGUUUGGUGAGUUUGAGUUUAACCUUCAGAAUUAAUUUUUGUUUUCAAAUUUUCAAAUAAUUUCAGCGAAUCUUCAACUGAAUAUUUGAUCGAUAUUGAUAAUGAUCGAUUUCCAUAUUUUUCAAUUGAAAUAUCAUCGCUUGAAGUUAUUAUAAGUCCAAAAGUGGCACACUAUAAUCAUGGAGAUGAAAAGUGGCAAGUUAUCCGUUAUUCUGUCUGA